GUAAGAGGGGCACUUCCGGAGUGUGAGGAGGAAAACUUUGGGGGAGCAACAUUCUCCUGCGGGUCUUCAGACGGACAGUAGGGCCGUUUCUUCGGCCUCCAGACUCCCGCAUGGCUCCGACUAACGUCCGCUACCAGCUGCCUGCUGCCGCCGGCUGCGGCUCCGCGGUGGAGGCUGAGCUGCGAAGCUUGCUGCAGCAAAGGAUCAUGGUCCUAGAUGGCGGAAUGGGAACGAUGAUCCAGCUGGAGAAGCUGGAGGAGGAAGAUUUCAGGGGAGAAGAGUUCAAAGACCAUCCUCUACCUCUGAAGGGAAACAACGACCUCCUCAGCAUCACACAGCCUCACAUCAUCUACAAAAUACACCAGGAGUAUCUGCAGGCCGGCGCCGACAUCAUCGAGACCAACACCUUCAGCAGCACCUGCGUAGCCCAGGCGGAUUACGGCCUGGAGCGCCUGGCCUACCGUCUGAACAGGGCGUCUGCAGAGCUGGCCAGGAGGGCCGCCGAUGAUGUCACCAAGCAGUCAGGGUGGAAACGCUAUGUGGCCGGGGCCCUGGGCCCCACCAAUAAGACCCUCUCUGUGUCGCCUUCAGUAGAGAAACCCGAUUACAGGAACAUAACGUUCGAUGAGCUGGUGGAGGCCUACACCGAGCAGGCCCGCGGUCUGCUGGACGGAGGAGCAGACAUCCUUCUGGUUGAAACCGUCUUUGACACGGCCAACGCCAAGGCCGCUCUGUUCGCCAUCGACCUGCUGUUUGAAAAGACCCACCGAAGGACGCCCAUAUUGGUGUCGGGGACCAUUGUGGACCGGAGCGGGCGGACGCUGUCCGGUCAGACGGGAGAGGCCUUCGUAGUGAGUGUUUCCCAUGCUAAACCUCUGUGUAUUGGCCUGAACUGUGCUCUAGGGGCCACAGAAAUGAGGCCUUUUAUUGAGGCAAUUGGAAAAAGCACCACAGCUUUCGUCAUCUGUUAUCCCAAUGCAGGUCUUCCCAACACAUUUGGAGGUUAUGAUGAAACGCCUCAGGUCACCGCCUCCAGUUUAAAGGAGUUUGCUGCGGAUGGAUUGGUGAACAUUGUCGGAGGUUGCUGUGGGACCACGCCUGCACAUAUCAGAGCCAUAUCAGAGGCAGUGAAAGCGUGCAAGCCAAGAGUUCCUCCUGUGGAUGCCUUUAAAGACCACCUGCUUCUCUCAGGAUUGGAACCCUUUCGAAUUGGACCGUACACCAACUUUGUGAACAUCGGCGAGCGUUGCAAUGUGGCGGGGUCACGGCGUUUCGCCAAGCUGAUCAUGGCCGGCCAGUACGAGGAAGCACUGAGCAUUGCCAAGGCCCAGGUGGAGAUGGGGGCCCAGGUUCUGGAUAUAAACAUGGAUGAGGGCAUGCUGGAUGGGCCCGCAGCCAUGGCUCGGUUCUGUAACUUUAUCGCAUCGGAGCCAGAUGUUGCACGGGUACCUCUGUGCAUCGACUCCUCCAACUUCUCUGUGAUUGAAGCUGGGCUGAAGUGCUGCCAGGGGAAGUGCAUCGUCAACAGCAUCAGCCUGAAGGAAGGAGAGCAGGACUUCCUGCUCAGAGCGGCCGCUGUGAAGCGCUACGGCGCUGCGGUGGUGGUCAUGGCCUUUGAUGAGGAGGGACAGGCCACAGGGACGGAGCGCAAGGUAGAGAUCUGCACUCGGGCGUACGAGCUGCUGGUCAGCAAGGUCGGAUUUGAUCCCAACGACAUCAUCUUUGACCCCAACAUCCUCACCAUCGGCACGGGAAUGGAGGAACAUAACGACUACGCCGUCAGCUUCAUCAGGGCCACCAGGCUCAUCAAGGAGACGCUGCCUGGUGCCAGGGUCAGUGGCGGUUUGUCCAACCUGUCCUUCUCCUUCAGAGGGAUGGAGGCCAUCAGAGAAGCCAUGCAUGGGGCGUUCCUCUAUCACGCCAUCAAGGAUGGGAUGGAUAUGGGCAUCGUGAACGCCGGGAACCUUCCUGUUUAUGACGACAUCGAUAAGGAGCUGCUGACGAUGUGUGAGAACCUCAUCUGGAACAAAGAAGCCGACGCUACAGAUAGACUCCUGGCCUAUGCUCAGAACAUAGUGAAAGGAGGGAAGAAGGUGGUCCAGACGGACGAAUGGAGAAACGCGUGCGUAGAAGAGCGGUUGGAAUACGCUCUCAUCAAGGGAAUAGACAAACAUGUGGUGGAUGACGUUGAGGAAUGCCGGGCGCAGGUGGAUCGCUACAAGCGGCCCCUUCACAUCAUCGAGGGUCCCCUGAUGAACGGCAUGAAAGUGGUGGGGGAUUUGUUUGGAGCUGGGAAGAUGUUCCUGCCACAGGUUAUCAAGUCGGCUCGUGUUAUGAAGAAGGCCGUCGGUUACCUGAUCCCCUUCAUGGAGAAGGAGAGGGAGGAGAUGAUGGCAGCAUCAGGAUCAGCCGAGGAGACGAUGUUCAGCCACAUUCAGAGAAUUUCACCAGCUUGUUCGGUCUGUUGCAGGGUGAUCGACUUGGGUGUGAUGGUUUCCUGUGAUCGGAUUCUCAGAGAGGCUGUCACUCAGAAAGCUGAUAUCAUCGGCCUGUCGGGCCUCAUCACUCCCUCUCUGGAUGAAAUGAUUUAUGUGGCCAAAGAAAUGGAGCGACUUGCAAUGACAACACCCCUGCUGAUUGGAGGAGCCACCACAUCAAAGACACACACAGCAGUGAAGAUUGCGCCGUGUUACAGCUGUCCUGUUGUCCAUGUCCUCGAUGCCUCCAGGAGUGUGGUUGUGUGCUCCCAGCUGCUGGAGGAGGGAGCCAGGGAGGAGUAUUUUGAGGACGUGAAGGAGGAGUAUGAGGACAUCAGGCAGGAGCAUUAUGACUCCCUGAAGGAGCGUCGCUACCUUUCUCUCUCUGAGGCCAGACAGAAGGCUUUACGUGCCGACUGGGCCGCUGCGCCCAGACCAGUGCGCCCUCAGUUCCUGGGCACUCGUGUGUUUGAGUGUUACGAUCUGAACGGUCUGCUGGACUUCAUCGACUGGAAGCCUUUCUUUGACGUGUGGCAGCUCAGAGGGAAAUACCCCAACAGAGGAUACCCCAAGAUUUUCAACGACAAGACUGUUGGUGCUGAAGCUCGCAGAGUCUUUGAUGACGCCCAGUCGUUGCUCCAUCGCAUGAUCGACAGCCGCAGCCUGGAGGGGCGGGGCCUGGUGGGUUUCUGGCGCGCACAGAGCGUCGGCGAUGACAUCAAUGUGUACGAAGACGACGACGACGUGGUUCGGAGUGAUGUAAAACCCAUCGCCACUCUUCACGGCUUACGGCAGCAGGCGGAGAAGGACGGCUCCAGCUCAGAGCCCUUCCUGUGUGUUUCUGACUUUGUGGCGCCCGUGGAGAGCGGCGUGGCCGACUACAUUGGGAUGUUUGCUGUAGGCGUGUUUGGAGCCGAGGAGCUGAGUCAGCAGUUCCAGACCCAGGGAGACGAUUACAGCAGCAUCAUGGUCAAAGCUCUGGCUGAUCGAUUAGCUGAGGCCUUCGCUGAGGAGCUGCACGCUCGUGUGCGGAAGGAGCUGUGGGGCUACAGCUCCGACGAGGCCCUGCAGGCCUCAGACCUUCACAGAGUUCGCUACCAAGGCAUCCGACCGGCAGCCGGCUACCCCAGCCAGCCGGACCACACCGAGAAGCUCGUCAUGUGGAGCCUGGCCGGCGUCAAGGAGAAGACAGGUGAGAAACACUCAUUCAUUAUUCAUUCACUUCUACUUAGAAACUCUGGUCAUUUCUCAAUCACAAGAACAUCACAGGAGCUUCCUGGAUUCUCAGACACCCUGAAGCGUUUUUGGUUUCAGCUCCUCGGAGAUCUCGUCCAGCUGCUCUUUCAGCUGAAACGCUCUCCUCUUCCUGUGGAGGACUACGCCAGCAGGAAGGAGAUGAGCACGGAGCAGGUGGAGCGAUGGUUGGCUCCCAUCCUGGGCUACGAGCCGUAGCUCCUGGUGUCAACAGCGCGCGGUCCUGGUCCGGCUUCAGGCCGUGCUGUUUGACUUUAAACGGGGACCAUUCGGAGUGGAUCCCGGAUGGAUCCGGCUCAGGAAUCUGCUCGGCUCACAGAGCUUCAGCGCUGGACCAUCGUUUUAGGCUGGUCUACAUCCAGUUCCUUUUCUAAUCUUUUAUAAUGAACUAUUUCCUGUGGAUAAUCGGAGCAGUGGUCAGCGCCUGGAGUUCCUGGAACAUCGUGGAGGAGACUCGGGAACGUCGGUGCAGAAUACGCCGCCUGGUGCUACGGGCGCUGCUUCGGCCUCUGGAGUAUUUUAUGAUUUUAUUUAACUGACGUGAAACGAUUCCUCCCUCAGUGGCCUUUAGUCCGAAUUAGAGUGAAACAUUAAUGAAGCCGUUUGUUUUUCAUUUCUGAUAGAUGCUCAGUAUUCUUCUGUUUCCUUUUUAAUAAUUAAAUCUGUAGUUAUUUCAUAUUUUAUUGGAUUAAUAUUUAAUAGUAAUUAAGCUUAUUGAGGUAAAUAAGGAUAAGUUAAAGAAUUGCUCUGGAAAUGAGGAUAAAUGGUGCUAGAUUAGGUUUUAAAAUAACUGUUUGAGUCAUUUGUUUUUAGAAAUAUUAACACUUUUAAAGUCGGUUUAAUAGCUGCUGCUCUUUUCUCCUAAACAUCUGGGAACAUCUGGGAGUAAUUCCUCAUCUGACACUGUUGCUGCAGCAGUGUUAAACUUUGAGAGUUUUUCUAACAAUAUUUCUAACUGUUGAUUAAUGGUUUUUAUUUGUUUCACUUUUUCAUCUGACAAUUAACA